AUGAGUUUUACUCCUAAUUCUAAAGGAAGGAAAAAACAAAAAAACGAGGCAAGUAUUAGUUGUACAUUUAAUGAAUAUGAUUAUGAAGGCGUAAAUUACUUAGAUUCAUAUCAACUCAAACAGUACAUACGUGAUAAAUAUAAACUUGACCUUCCUGAUUAUGUUGUAAAACAAAUUAUUAAUGACAAAGUUAUUGGUAGUGAUAAAGUUCAUGUUCAUAAAGAAGAUUUUCCUGUUGUUGAUAACUAUAUCAAAAAAACACAAGAAGAGUUGAGAACAUCAUAUGGCUUCACAGAAGUUGAAAAAUUAGGAGUAUAUAAUCAAGAACGAGAAUAUGAAAAACAUGGUUUUCUUCUUGAAUUCCCAAAACUUCGAAAUGAACCUCGUUUAUUAACAUCAAUUCAAUCAGGUAAUAAAAUUUCUGGAUAUACUUUCCAAGCAUCAGUUAGUAGACCUUUUUCAGAUUCUUCAAUUGUAAUGACAAACUAUCUUAAACCAUUAGACCAAUUGUCCGUCCCUUCUCCUUAUUUUCAAUCUGAUUGUUUCAAGUCAUUAAUGAAAGAGUUUAGUGAUAGUCAAGAAGCCCUUGGAAAAUCAACACUAACUGAACCAAAAUUUUUAUAUUUUACACCAUUAUAUCAACAAUAUACUCUACGAUCACUUGAUAAAAGUAUUUUUGAAUUUUUAUCACCUGACGACUCUAUUGCAUAUCUUCCAGUAUCAAAGAAAGAUGAAAAGUCAGAAUUAAUCACAUACAAAAUUGAAAUAAACUCUAUUUCAUUUGAAGAAGAUAAUAAUGAAAAUCUAUUAAUCCAAUUCUUUUUUUAUGAUAAGUCAACAGAAACUAAAAUUACUGAAACGUGUGGCAUUUAUCGUGUAGAUAGAGAACUCCAACAUGGAUUUGUUCUUUUUGAAUGUACAUCAGAAUUAAUGAAAAAUGCUUUUAUGGUUAUUCGUAUUGCAAGAGAAAGUGAUUCGUUGUUUGAAUAUGCUAAAAAACAGUAUGACGGUACAUUCUUAAAAAAUAGACAAAAUAAACAAAAUAUAAUUCAAUCGGACAUAUUGUCUCGUCCUCCUUCUACUACAAGAACAUCUGAAUCAACACUUAUUGGAUCUCAACCAAUUGGUAGAUUUAGUGAACCACCAGUUCCAAUUAAAUCAUCAAGUACAAUAUCUAUUAAAUCAAAGAAAAAUGAAGAUAUUCGUUAUAUCAAGAAACCAGAAAUUAUAUGCAUUGGAGUAGCAAAAGACAAUCACUCUGACCCUAAAGCAUUCACAUUCUCUGGAGAGUUAGUAAUGGGAGAUAAUUGGCAAACACGAAUGAAACAAUAUAACCCACAAAAUGGUGUUGGGACAACAGUACUUGGUAUGUUUGGAAUAAGUCCAAUUAUUUUGGGUAGUUUUAAAUGUACAGUAAUGAAGUUAUCUAAAGAAUGGAAUGCAUCAUAUAAAGUAUUUGACUGUUGUAGAAAUCAAACAAUGGUAAUGGGAGAUGAAAAUAUUUAUUCAUUAGAAUAUUUAGAAAAAAGAGAAAAAGCUAAAACUGUUAAUGAUAUGUAUUUUGAUUCUCUUUUUAUUUAUUUAGAUGAAAUUAAUUUAGGUAAAGAUAAGAGACAUGAAUUUUUUAAUGUUACUGCUAAAUUACUCAAUGCCCAAGACUCUUCUCAAGUACUUAAAGUAUUUUAUCCACCUACAUUUAAAGAGUCUCUUCAAAAUGAAUUUAUUUCUUCAAGUUAUUCUUCUCUUAAAACAGUACAGAUGGAUGAUGAAAUAAAAAUCAAACUUCCAACACCAAUUGAAAAGUCAUAUUACAUUUUGUUUACAGUUACUGAGUAUUGUGUUAAUUCACCAAGCAUCAUUGAAAAACAAAGAUUUGCCAUUCUUCCAUUGUAUGACAAUAAAAAGCCAAUUGGAAAUAAAACUGUUUCUCUUAAAUUAGGAAGUACUCUUCCACAAAUAAAAUUACCAACAACUCUUGAUUUGGUUGAUCGAGGAAGUUCAUUAACUGUUACUAUUAAAUCUUUAGCAACUGGUUAUGCAUCACAUAUUGAACUUUUUGAUUAUUUUGCAACAAAAGGAUGUGAUAAUGUUUGUAAUUUAAUGAAUAUUCCACGUGCUACUUUAAUGGAGUAUUUCGCACCAAUUCUUCAAAAAGAACUUCAAAACAUUAAAUCAAUUGCAGUUGAUGUUAAAAAAGUUAUGGAUUUGAUUAAUUUCUUAGAUUACGUUUGUCCAGUUGACUAUCCAACAACAAAACCAAUAGUAUUACAAAAGUUUAUUACUACUUUCAACCCAUUAAUUAUUGAACCAUUAGAGUUUGCUAACUAUGUCUUAACAGUUAUCAUUAAUGUUUUACAGUCAUUUAAUGAUUCUCAUAAAAUUUUUGAUUUGUUUUGGUUCUUCUUAGGAUUGGUAGAAAAAUCUAUUGUUGCUUAUUUACAAACAAAAAGAGCUGCUAAUCUUAAAGAAAGUGUUAUUUAUUCAGGAAUUUCUGUAACACAAUUAGAAGAAAAUUUAUAUAUAAUUGCAAAUGUUUUUGGAGGAUGGAUGGUAUUAAAUCAACACAGAAUAACUCCACACUUAAUAUCUCUUGUACAUGCAAAUAUUUAUUUUGCUGAAUUUAUGAGGUCAAUGUUGUAUUUAUGGAGAUUAGGUAAAAUUGCUGAAGUCAUUGAAAAGUAUUUAAAUGUUGUUUCGUUACCAAUCAUUUCAACAGGAUUAGAUAAUAAAGGGUUUGUCAAUUUACCUUAUCUUCUUCGAUUUGACUUCUUAAAUAUUUUAAGAGACUUUGAUUAUUUAUAUGAAAAAGACUGUCCUAAGCCAUUGGUAUUUAAGGAAACAGCAGAACUUCCUGAUAUUAUGGAAAGAGAACAUUUCUUCCAUGGGUUAUUGAUUCGUCAGUACAUUAAAUUAAUUGUAAAAGACAUACAAGAAACUGACAAAGAUCAGGACAAUCAUACAAAGUCAUUAAAAUUUACUAUUUCAAAAAUGGCAAUUCUCUCUAUCGGAUCUAUAACUGAAAAAUAUGACACUUUUAAACAUUACGAAACACUUAAAUCACAAAUAGCAGCUUUAAUGUUUCCAUUAAUAUCAUACGCUAUUGAAGAAAAAUCAUAUUUUGAGAAUAGUUUCAAUGUCCCUUAUGGGUUAUUUAUUAAAGACCAAUCAAAAUGGAAUACUGAAGAUUUUAAAGAGGUAUUUGUUUGGAAAGUAUUUUAUACAUCACUAAUUUGGGUAUUAAAAAACAUUGAUAAAGAAACUUUAUUACUUUAUUUCCAAAAAGAAGUAUCAACCCGUGUUUGUGAUUUAUUGUUUCAUUUAACAAAUGCAAUAAGAUUUACUUCAUUAAUUACCUCAAAGAAAUUUAAUAUUAAUGUAGAAUAUGACUCUACUCGUUUACAAUUAAUUAAUACGAUUUUAAAAGACUCUCCAAUAACAACAGCAAAUAUCCCUCUUUUUCAGAGUAGAAUUAUUCUUAUUGAUGUCUCUGAUGAAUUUACAUCACAGUUAGGAUUAAUGGACCGUAGUUGGGUAAAGAGAAGAGGAACAUUAGCAACAUCAACUGAACAACGUUCUUUUCAUAACUCUGGUCUAAAAGGUCAAAUACCUAAAAAAUGUAGAAGGUCAAUAGGAAAAACUGAUGAAAUUGAUUCAAAUUUAGACACUACAUUAAGUUCUCCAAAUAACCUUUCUUCAUUACCUUCUCAUCAAAUUUCAGUUGAUGACAAUAUAUCUUCAAAAAAUAAAGUUAAAAAACCAACAAAAUUUAUUGGUAAUUUUACAAUGAAAAUUACAGAAAGUGCUGAAGGGCUUGGAAGGUCAGUGGUUGGAGGUGCAGAAAGUGUUGUUGCUGGUAUUAAUAAAGUAGUAACUGGAAAAGGAAGAAAGAAAACAGGAAGUGUAAAUCAUUCGGACAUAACUGAACUAAGUGAUACAACUUCAUCUGAUGAUAUAAAACGUUCUGGGAAAGAAAAUAUGGCAAUGUUAGUUGUUCAACACUUUUUGUUACGUUCUGUGUUAAGAACUAUUAUGGACUGUAUUGAUAUGUUAAUGAAUCAAAGAGAUAUUACUAAUAGUGAUAUUGAGAAUUGUCUGUCAAAAUUAUUAUAUGCUGCUGUUAUUGAAAUACCAUUAAAUGGAAUAGUUAUUCUUCCAAUUGUUGAUUUCCUUUAUAUGAUUAUUAUUCUUCAUUUCCCUUUAAUUAUUAAAUCAGAAGAACUAUCACAAUGUAUACUAAAAUCAUUACUUAAAAUGGCUAAUAGCUCAGAAACAUUAUUACGAAUAUUUUCAAGUAGACUAAUCUAUUUAACAUUAAAAUCAGAGUUUGUGUUCAGCAAUAAAACUUCAUUAACUUCUUCUAAUCUUGGAGGUUUAGUUGCACAAUGGUCUUCUCAUCAUGUCACUAAAUUAAAAAAAUCAAUUUCAGAAAUGCCAGCAAUUUGUUCUCAAUUCAUUCAUUCAAAUGAUAUUGCUUUGAAAAAUGCUCUUAUAAUGGCAAAUUCAAAUAUUUAUGAUGAUUAUAUAUGGAUUCUUCGUUCUCAAGAAUUAUCAAAUGGAAUUUCUCUAGGGUCUUUCAACGACGUUUGUGGUUUUUUGAGGAGAUGCCUUGAAAUAGCAUCAGAAGGGUUCCAAGCUGAAGACAAAGUUGUAACAACAUUAUCAACUAAUAACACUACUUUCUUAACUGAAUAUCAUGUUGAUGUGUUCAACAGCGUUCCAUUUGAUAGGUUGUUAAUAACUAAAAUGGCACAGUUUUGCACAAGAAGGUUUACUGGUUCAUUAAAAGAUUCAGCACUUCAAUUGAUUACAUCAAUAUCAAAAGAAUACGAGUCAUUUUUCGAUGAAUUUAAUAUGAGAAAAAUUGGAACACAAAAAGUACAAGCUUCAUUAAAAACACAAUAUGCCAUUUGUACCAAAGCAAAAGCACUUGGAGAAGAAAUACUUAAUUGGGCAAGAAAAACAAGUUUUCUUGAAUGUUAUUUUGAAGAACCAAUGGAAGACAAAGAAUUAAAAACAAUUCAUCAGCGAUUAGCUAAUUCUAUAUGUCAGGCAAAUGAAGAAAGUACAAAACUAUUGGAUCAAUACGAUGAAAUAUGUUCAGCAAUAGGAGAAAUUAAUCCACUCUUCCCUAUUUCAGUUGAAGAGAUGAAAAAAAUGGUUAAAAUGGUUAUUGAGUUACUUGAAGAACAGAUAUCAAAGAUUCAACAAAUAAUAGAAGUUAGAAAAAAUUAUGAACAAAAACGAGUUGAGAUUGACGCUUUAAAUGCAGAAAAUGCUCGUAUUAUUAAAACAAAUAUUAAUGCAAUAAGUAAGUCUUUAUCUAAUGGUCCUGUUAGUGUUAAAUACUUCUCAGCAAGAAUCUUAGAAUUAAAGAAUUUAGAAGAAAUAACAAAAGAUAUAAGAACAAGAAGAAGUCAAAGACAAGGGGAAUUUUCUGGAUUUAUGGCACCAUGGGAAUCAUUCUUUUUUUAUUGGGAAAGUGUUUUAAAAAAAGGGCUUGAACUAAGUUGUAUUAUCGAAGCACUCAUGCUUCGUAUUGAAGCAAAUAAAAAGGAAUUAAAACUUGCUGAAGAAUAUCAAAUUCAACAAGAAAAAUUUGCACGAGCAUCCUUCAAAACCUAUGCAUGGGUUGAAAUGUCAAUGUUUUUAAAAAGUCUUAAAAUUGAUGAACGGAGUGAGUAUUUGUUUUUAAUGGAUGACAUUGUUCAACGAAUGAAAAAAAUUAAAAUAGAAGAUGAUAUUAUUGAUAAAAUGAAUUCAAUUAUUAUAAAUUAUAAUAAAAUUAAUCAACAAAAAGAAUUGUUAUUCUCUCAAUUCAAGGCAGAUCUUCAAAAGAAUGGCUGUUUUAAAAUAAAUGAAUUCCAAAUAACGGACAUUACUGGAAACUCCAUUUGUUCAGUAGACCAUGGGAUUAAACCUGAGCCAUUUGGAAAGAAUUGGUAUGAGCAUAUUAUUAAUAAAAAUACUGAUAAUAAUUUAAGUCAAUUCAAUAAAAGUAUUACUUGGCUCAUUUCUUAUGAAGAGGGUCAUGAUAAACGAAUGAAAGUUGAGGCUGAGUUUGAAACACAAAGAAAACUUUUUUCUGAUUCAUUAAAAUUAUUAGUGUCAACCUAUAAUAAAACAGUUAAUGAAAACAAUAUUCAACAAUUAACUCAAAUUAUAGAUAGUAUUGAUAGUAUUGCUGUUCAAAAUAUACCAGAAAUUGUUAAAUACUGUGUUCCAUUUGAAGUACCUGUUUCAAUCAAUUCAAUAAAAAAACAAAUAAAAGAAUUUAAACGAUUAUCAGGUACUGUACAAGCAGAAGGCAAAAAUAAUGAAAUUAUUAAACCAGAAGAAGAUCUUGAAGAAAAAAAGAAAAAAGAUAAAAUGAUUAAUGAUUUAUAUUCAUUAUUCCUUGAUAACUCAAAUUGUUUUAGAACUACAUCUAUUAUUGAUAAUAGUUUAUAUUUAACACGUAAAUUCGAUAAAGAGUUUUCAAAAACAAUUAAAAUAGCUCAAGAUAUUCUUAAUAAACAAGAAGAAUUAUGGAGAUAUGACAAAAAAAGUGGUAAAGAAGAAAUUAAAGAUAUUGAUGAAUUACUUGAAUUAUUAGCUAUAGAUGCUAAACAAUAUGUUAAUGCACCAAUGUUAUUCUUAACAUGGGUUGAACAAUCUGCAGAAAUCAAUAGAAAGUAUAACAGACAUGUUGUUGCUGGAAUCUGCGAAGUUAUGUCAGAAAACUUAGAUUUAUUUGACAUAUCAGUUAUUGAAGACUUAUUUGCUGAUGUUCUUGUAAGUGCUGAUAUUUCUUUAGUAGCAAGUUAUUCAAGUUGUUCCUUUGAAUCAAUGAUUAAACAUGCAUGGCUAGCAGUACAUGAUUUUGAAUUAAGUGAACAAUGGUUUGCCCAUCAGAUGUGUUGCUUCUUACUACCAUAUUAUGACUGUUCAUCAAAUAUUAUUGAACUUGCUAAAGUACAUGAAACAUUGACAAAAGUAUGUGAAAAUAUGUCUAAAUCAGGACAUCCAUUAUACUUUUAUCAUGUCCAUUUUGCAUUAAAUUCUGGAAUGAAAGAAGAUAAUAAACCAUGUCAUUACAUUUAUUCUUCAUUACUUAAUUAUGAUGAAUUUGUUACAGAUAUUAAGAAAACACCAAUUGCACAAAGAGCUAAAAUUGUAGAAUCACCAAAUGAUGAAACAAGUGAAAAAAUAGUAAUUCAACAAGUAUAUAUAUAUUCUAACAAUAAAGUAAUUAGAGAACAACCAGUCCGUUUCACUCCUGUUGGUGAAUUUGUUUAUGAAUGUGAUGUAUUGUAUUCUAAUCAAAGGGAAAAUAAAUUAGAUGGAUCCUCUUCUCUUUCAACAUUAUCUCAUAUUGGAGAUGUUAAUGGACUUUUAUUAGAAAAUACUCCAUUAUUACAAAUCGGUAUGACACGAUUAAUUCUCAACACUCAAUCAAAAUUACCAUCCUCUAAACGAAGGGUUGCUGUUACAAAAAGGAAAAUGAUAACAUUAACACCAAUAGAAAAAGCAAUAGACUACAUAACAAGAGUUAUUGAUAAUUUAGAAGAAUUUAAUACCCAUAUUAUUGAGUCACAAAAGAAUAAUGAGACGUUUGAUUUCCAAGUACAAGAAGAAAUUAAGAAAGUAUUAUACCAUAUAUUGUGUGAUGAUAAAUGGAAACUAUGUGAUGUUGCAAAAGCGUUUUUAAUAGAUGACAUAGACGAGGCUGUUUCUACUACUAUAAAAAAAUAUCUAGAACUAUAUGAUAUGUUAACAAAAGUUGAAAAGUCAGUAAAAAGAACAGUUGAUUUAUUUAUCCUUGGAGAUCCAGAAGCAGAACGUAUUGAGGAAAUUUCAAGAAUUAAAAAAUAUUUCCUAUUAUUUGUGAACAAUUUAACAGUAGGAAAAGGAUUGUUAGAGAAGAGAAAACAAGAAGUGGAUUAA